AGGAGCGCCACUGGGUUUUCGUCUGCUGGCCUCUGAAAUGGGCUCGACUAAUCAGCCCUGAUUUCAUCCAUAUUUCUUUAUCAUAUUAACUGUUCCGAAAGCUUAAGGCAGCCGAGGCAUAUCCACAAUGAUAUUUGGAGGUGAGGCGGUGGACGAGGUCAGCUGCAGGUUCUCAGAGCUGGUUCCUGUGGUGCUGACUGCCUGGCCAACGGGCUCCACUCCCCGUGCUGCACAGUAAAGAGCAUUUCACGCCCAGACAAGACCACACGGCACCGCCAUGAAGCCGGGUCACGAGCGCAAUCAGGAGUGCCUGCCUCCCAAGAAGAGGGAUCUCAACAACAGCACCAGUAGUAGUAGUGCGGGAGGAGGGGCAGGAAGUGGGGUGGGAGGGGGAGUGGGGGAGGAAGUGCCCUCCACUCAGAGCUCAGGGGUCGGUAGUGACACUCAGGGAGGUGGCACAGCAGAGGAGUGGCUGCAUGCUCAGCCUGGUCUACACUAUGGAGUAGAGAGUGCUGAGGGCCUCCAAGGGCUGCCUGUUGACCAGUACAGCAUGCUCUAUAGGGUGGCUCUCCCCUCUGUCUCCUACUCCCAGACCAGUCUACACCCAGUGUUAAGCCAUAUCUCUCCAGCUUACACUGUCCCCUCAUCUCUCCUACAGCAUCAUCCAGGUAUCUCCUAUCCCCCUCUAGGCUAUGCCCAGAUCCCCCACUCCUCUUUCCAGUUUGUCUCUCCAUAUGGUGCAGUCCCUUAUGCAGUCCCUCCUGGCUUUGUUCCCAGCACCCUGAUCUCCCCCUCAGUUGCCCUCUCCCAGCCCCACCUGGUCCCCUACCAGUCAGUCAUCCAGGAGGGGUUGGUCUCCCCUCCUACCCAGGCCCAUGUAUCUGCCCAUGCCUUUGCCAAAGUGGGGUCGUCCGGAGGGGUCCCGCUGAUGCUGACCUCGGAACAGGCUGCUCAGCACCUGGGCCCGCUGCCCGCCGCAGAGCUCAGUCCUCGGGGAGUGCCUGUCUUUUACCAUCCUCAGGGCACCAGGGCUGCGCCUGCCCCCAGGGACCCCUACAGCGGGGAGCAGGAGACGGAUAGGGAGGUGAAUGGAGGGGAGAGGGAGCAGGCAGCCAGGGAGAUGCUCCAGGACUCAGUCUACAAUGCCAGGAAUGCAAGGCUGCUGCAGGCAGCAUCCGCCUCUGUAGCACUGGAGCACGCACAGGACAGAAGCCUGAAGAGCCGCAGGCUGGACGAGAGGGCUUCGCCUGGGCAGCGCAGCACCCCAGACACUGACCUGGAGGUUCAGCAGGUUGUUGGUCGCCUAGCCUCUCCUGUCCAAGGUGUGAGUGGAGGGCGCAAAGAGGUGUCCUUUGGUCCCCUGAACCUAUCCCAGGGCUCCCAGAGAGGCAGAGAGGCUCAUGGGGAGGCAGGGGAGAGUACUGGCCGGACAGCAUACGCAAUCCACCCUGUGGUGUAUGGAGACCCCAGGGUGACGGCCCAUCAACAGCAGGCAGGGCAGCCAGGCCACGCGGUCAUCUUGGCCAAUGGACAGACAGUCCUGGUCCCCUUAGAUUAUCAUCAACAUCAUCAGCCACCCCAGCACUACCCCAGCCGGACAAAUGACGACACCUCUGCUGUCACCAUGGCCUCACCCACCACCUACUCUAAAGCCUCUGAGUCUCCAGCCAGAGUGUGCCUCCCAGACAGGGCUGUGGUGGAACUGGCCGUCGUGGAGCAGCAGCCUAUUUCUGUUCCAGUCGCGGCAGCCCUCACGCAGGCCCUGGCCCCGGCGCCCACCCCUGCCCCCUCCAAUCCCUCCCAUUUCAUGAAGGGGGCCAUCAUCCAGCUGGCCACGGGGGAGCUGAAGCGUGUGGAGGACCUGCAGACUCAGGACUUUGUGCGGAGUGCUGAGGUGAGCGGGGGGCUGAAGAUCGACUCCAGCAUGGUGGUGGACAUCAGGACCAGCCAGCAGAGACCCGGCCUGGUGGCGCUGCACUUCACAGUGGGCGAGCAGCAGAGCAAGGUGACCAUUGACGUGCCCCCAGAACACCCCUUCUUUGUGUUUGGCCAGGGCUGGUCCUCCUGCAGCCCAGAGCGCACGGCCCAGCUCUAUGGCCUGGCCUGCCACCACUUGCAGGUAGGAGACGUGUGUGUGUCCAUCACUCUGCAGCAGCCACCCCAGCAACAGAAACCGCCCCUGCAGCAGCAGCAACAACAACAACAGCAGCAGACCCAAGCCAGGACUUCCACCAAAGUCAACUCUACAUCAGGGGCCAUCGGCCAGCCCAUGGGGCCCCCUGCCCCCCAGCAGCCCAGGCCACAGCCUCACUUCAGGAUGGAACGCGUCCACAGAGAGAGGGAGAGGGGGGAAAAAGAGGAGCCUAUGCAGCUAGGGGGUGUUGUGCAGAGUGAGAUGCCUACCAGACCAAAUAGGACUUCAGCAGAGCAAACUAGGAGCCAGAGCAGUUACUAUUUGCACACGGAGGGUUCUGCUCGUCCAGGGGCGGGGGUGGGAGUGGUGUCGACAGUGUCGAGCGCGUCUCAGAGGCGCUGGUCCGCCCCCGGCCUUCAGAGAUACAUGAAGGUAGAGGAAGGGGCGCACCCUCAGCUGGGCCCCUCCGGCUCCUCUCGACCCUCCUUCAUCCCACAGGAGGUCAAACUGUCCAUCGAGGGGCGCUCUAAUGCUGGGAAGUAGCACCAACCUUGGCAGUCCACACCACAGAAGAGACUGUCAGAGGAGUGAAAGCAUCAGAGAGGGGGAAAGGGGAAAAAGAGUGGGAAUGUAGCCUCAGAAUGUUUGAUAUUUUGCACACCUAAUAAGAUUACAAGUUCUUUGUUUUCAGGGGAACUACCUGGUCUGGUGGCUGGUCAGGUCCACUCUAUUUGCCUGUCAGUCAGUCAGGACAGCUCCUGGUCCAGUGAUCAGGAGAUUGGGUCUCUGCUCUCCCAGGUUGACAGGGAGCGGAUGCAGAAGCAGGGAGUGUAUGUAGCUGGUGAAUCACCUACCAAAGUCUUCAGACUGCAUCUUCCUUCCGCCCUACCAACCUCUCAGAACCAUCCUUAUCAGAGGUGAACCAACCUCUCAGAACCAUCCUUAUCAGAGGUGAACCAACCUCUCAGAACCAUCCUUAUCAGAGGUGAACCAACCUCUCAGAACCAUCCUUAUCAGAGGUGAACCAUCCUUAUCAGAGGUGAACCAACCUCUCAGAACCAUCCUUAUCAGAGGUGAACCAACCUCUCAGAACCAUCCUUAUCAGAGGUGAACCAACCUCUCAGAACCAUCCUUAUCAGAGGUGAACCAACCUCUCAGAACCAUCCUUAUCAGAGGUGAACCAACCUCUCAGAACCAUCCUUAUCAGAGGUGAACCAACCUCUCAGAACCAUCCUUAUCAGAGGUGAACCAACCUCUCAGAACCAUCCUUAUCAGAGGUGAACCAACCUCUCAGAACCAUCCUUAUCAGAGGUGAACCAACCUCUCAGAACCAUCCUUAUCAGAGGUGAACCAACCUCUCAGAACCAUCCUUAUCAGAGGUGAACCAACCUCUCAGAACCAUCGUUAUCAGAGGUGAACCAACCUCUCAGAACCAUCCUUAUCAGAGGUGAACCAACCUCUCAGAACCAUCCUUAUCAGAGGUGAACCAACCCUCAGAACCAUCCUUAUCAGAGGUGAACCAACCCUCAGAACCAUCCUUAUCAGAGGUGAACCAACCCUCAGAACCAUCCUUAUCAGAGGUGAUCGCAUUCACUGGACUUUCUCUCUUCUUUGACCAAACCAUCUCCUCUGGAAACCCAAGACUGGGGAGAAUAUAUAGCUCAUGUCUGGUAGACAGACAACAGGGUCUGACACAGUGACAAGAACAUAGCUAUCCUAUUAUGCUCUGUCUCCCCCCACAUUUCUAUUUUAGUCUGUUACCUUCAAAAGCGUUCUCCCAAAAAGAAAAAAAGACUAAAGGUGCACUUGCGGUGCUGAAUUUCUGGCAUCGGCACAUGGAUGCUUUUCCCUCUAAUGAUGUUGGUUCUCUUGAUGCAGACUCUUGAUGUGUGUCAUCGUAACUUAGUGUGCUUCUCUAGUAGGAGCAGAGGACUUCUACUAAGGCACAGACACUCUCCCUCAUCUCCCUGCCUCUCCUCGUAGGGCCCAGUCUGCUGAGAUAGGGUCUGAGAGGAGGGCAGGCAGCCUUAGAGGUCUUUCAAUCAGCUCCUUCAAUCAACCAAUCAGAACCUAGGAAACUGCUCACUCCUUUCGUAACGCACCAACCACGCUUCCCCGUUUUUCAUUUUACACCCCAACCCCACUUUGUGCCACGGUUACAUGUCAGUUUUCCCUUCGAAAGAAACCAAAAGAGAUCAUGCAUUCCAGUAUCAUAGUGAUUAUCAGUGACCACAAGAUAAAACAACACUCAUCUUCCCGAAUGCAGCCCUUCCUGCCUGCUAUACCUCUCAGCAUUCCUCUGCCUGACUGAUGACUGUUUACUGUCACUGUAUUUGUAGGUACCACUACUGGAGGCACGGGCUGCUCCACUAAUGUCACCUGUGGGAAUGAAGCCUGCAUGGAGCAGUACUGGCUGCAGCCCGUCGUGGACGGUGAGGGCCAAAGAGUGGGACCCUGCCCCCAUAGAGCCAUGUUGGCCCCCAUAGAAUCUCUUUCAGUUCAGCAGCCCCUGGGCCUAUGAGGGGGAUCCCAGUGUGUGUUGGAGGGGAUGGAGUUGGCCCUGCUUCAUACAUUUUUCACACUAUUGUCUCAACACAAACUGGGGGGGGGUCUUUUGGCUUGCUUUCCAGUGAAUAUAAUUGGUUUAAGGUUAUCCUGCCAUUUUCCAGUCUGGUUUAGGUUGUUCAUGGCUAGCUAGCUAUGUGCCUCUGCUCGUUUAAAAGCAGGAUGGCACUAGAUAUGUUAUCUUGCCAGGUCAGCUUACACGACUGUGUGAAAUGGGUAUAUGAGUCUAGUCAAUCCUAGCUCAGUUACCAAAAAUCAAAGCAAUAGUGGCUUUUCUGUUUAUUUGGGGUUUUCUGUGUAUUUUGUUAUUGUUUUUAUAUUAAAAUCUUGCGUAUCAGACCUAAUACUAUCUUUAACCCUGACCUGAAACGUUCCUGCUUUUCAAAGGUGAUGCACAAUUUGUCUCUGAAAUGUUUUGUUCUUUGUAUGGUUAUUACAGAUUCACAAUCAAAGCAUGUCUUUUGAAAAUAAUUUGUUUUCAAAAACCAGGCAUUUCCUCUGGAGAGAAUAGUCUCAUUUUUGAUGGACUGGUGGUUCAGGCUCUGAUCCUCACUAAUAGUAUUCAUUAUGGUUUUAUAUGGUUACCCUAUAUGGGUUUUUUAUGGUUACCCUAUAUGGUUUUAUAUGGUUAUCCUAUAUGGUUUUUUAAUGGUUACCCCAUAUGGUUUUUUUAUGGUUACCCUAUAUGGUUACCCUGUAUGGUUACCCUAUAUGUUUUUUUAUGGUUACCCUAUAUGUUUUUUUUAUGGUUACCCUGUAUGGUUUUAUAUCGUUUCCCUAUAUGGUUACCAUUUAUGGUUUUAUAUAGUUUCCCUAUAUGGUUACCCUAUAUGGUUUUAUAUAGUUUCCCUAUAUGGUUACCCUAUAUGGUUUUAUAUAGUUUCCCUAUAUGGUUUUAUAUAGUUUCCCUAUAUGGUUUUAUAUAGUUUCCCUAUAUGGUUUUAUAUAGUUUCCCUAUAUGGUUUUAUAUAGUUUCCCUAUAUGGUUUUACAUGGUUACCCUGUAUGGUUACCCUAUAUGGUUUUAUUCAAGUGCAUCUCCCAGAGAGGCUUGACUCCAAAUCAGUGGUGAGCAUCUUAACUGUCCUCUGUUUCAUCCUCUCCUUUGUCUUUGAAUCUACUUGUGUACAUGUAGAAUUGUUUUAUUCUGUCCAUGGCAAUAUUAUUUCCAGUGGACCUUAAGAUUGUCUUGUAUUGCACAUAGAAAACUUCACCUGUUGAUUCACACUGACCUUGUAAUGGGAAUUACAAAUGUUUUUGUAGUUAUUACAUUAUUUCUUUUAAAGUAUUCUUAAGGUAGUUUUGGCAAUAGAGAAGCUAACUUGCAUGGUUGACACUGUUUACAAAUUAGCCAAGAAAAAAUGCUGCAGUUUCCUUUUUCGGACACAGAUUUUAGUCACAGAAACUUCAAGUGGAUGAAAUCAAGAUGAAAGUGCAAUUUAGUUUGAUAUGUCAUUCUAUAAAGCAGACAGACAUUUAGUUUGUCAUUCCAUAAAGCAGACAGACAUUUAGUUUGAUAUGUCAUUCCAUAAAGAAGACAGACAUUUAGUUUGUCAUUCCAUAAAGCAGACAGACAUUUAGUUUGAUAUGUCAUUCCAUAAAGCAGACAGACAUUUAGUUUGAUAUGUCAUUCUAUAAAGCAGACAGACAUUUAGUUUGAUAUGUCAUUCUAUAAAGCAGACAGACAUUUAGUUUGAUAUGUCAUUCCAUAAAGCAGACAGACAUUUAGUUUGAUAUGUCAUUCUAUAAAGCAGACAGACAUUUAGUUUGAUAUGUCAUUCUAUAAAGCAGACAGACAUUUAGUUUGAUAUGUCAUUCCAUAAAGCAGACAGACAUUUAGUUUGAUAUGUCAUUCCAUAAAGCAGACAGACAUUUAGUUUGAUAUGUCAUUCCAUAAAGCAGACAGACAUUUAGUUUGAUAUGUCAUUCCAUAAAGCAGACAGACAUUUAGUUUGAUAUGUCAUUCUAUAAAGCAGACAGACAUUUAGUUUGAUAUGUCAUUCCAUAAAGCAGACAGACAUUUAGUUUGAUAUGUCAUUCCAUAAAGCAGACAGACAUUUAGUUUGAUAUGUCAUUCCAUAAAGCAGACAGACAUUUAGUUUGAUAUGUCAUUCCAUAAAGCAGACAGACAUUUAGUUUGAUAUGUCAUUCCAUAAAGCAGACAGACAUUUAGUUUGAUAUGUCAUUCCAUAAAGCAGACAGACAUUUAGUUUGAUAUGUCAUUCCAUAAAGCAUACAGACAUUUAGUUUGAUAUGUCAUUCCAUAAAGCAGACAGACAUUUAGUUUGAUAUGUCAUUCCAUAAAGCAGACAGAUAUUCCCAUUAGCUUAUGGUAAUUCCAGUUAUUUUUUUAUUCUUAAAUGUUAAUGCUCUUGUCAGAAAGACAUUUCACCUCAGUUUUGUCUAGUUUUAAUGUCUCUGGUCACUUCUGAACCGAUAGUCCUGUCUGUAAAUGUGUAUUUGUUUUGAUAUCACCUGUGUCACAAGAUGUGCUCCAACACAGAUCCAAGCAUUAAUAUCCCAGGCUCACCGAUACUGUGUGAGAAGGUAACUGUGUGUUAGAUUAUCUAUCUGCUGGUCUGCCUGUACCUGUAUCCUGGGCUUUGAGCUCUGAGGUGAAGACUGGUGAUUGUGUGUGGUGACACCCAAUGCCUUCUAAUGGACUGGAGUCCCUCAUCCACACUAUUUAUAGAUGGCUGUGUCAAAUCUAGUUCAUACAUCCCUUUCAACCCUACUGCCUCCACAACAUUUCUGUUGAGUGGAGCCCCCAAGGACUCACAGUUCACUGAGGAUAAAACCUUUGACCGUCUUCAACAACAAGGAGAGGGAGAGGGGAGGUCCGUUAGGUCUGAUCAGGGCAGAGUCACAUACCAUUUGAUACCGUCAUGACAACCAAUUUUGUUGAAAUAUAAAUGUUUUUAAAUACGGUAGUGGUCAAAUGCCAUACAGAGAUGAGCUGGAUGAUUUUCCACAGUGGAGCAGUAGACAUUUAGCCCUAAACCUCUCAAUACUUAUUAAUUAAUUUUUUUACAGUGAUCACGUUUUGUUAAAUUUUUUAUGCUAUAAGCAAUACAGUUACACAGAAUACCUGAAAACGUCAUGUAGUAUAAGCAUGUGCUAUGCAGUAAACUCUGAAGUAUUCUGCUCUUCAGUGUCCAAGUGUACCUACUACGGUGUAGGACAGGUUUGUAAUCUAUAUAAGAAGGUGGCUGAUGCAGUCAUUGUACACUGAUCUCUCUGAGUACUAUUGCUUAUCAGUGCCCACUCUUAGGUGUCUGAAUAUAGUGGAUUUAUUUUGUUAGGUUUUGUUCAGACCCUUAGUUGUCACUAACCUAAGUUCAGCACAGUGUUUUGUUCCAGUCAGCUCAGCCUAUUACCUCCACCUUCCGCUGCCAAGCAGUACGGGCCAAAUCAUGACCAGAGAUGGGUAUGCAUGUGUAACUCAAGUUUUGAUGUAAAUCUGUCAUUGACAUCUAUGGAUUUGUGCUGAAAUUCAAAUCAUGUGCAUGGAUAUCCAGUUAGAUUUUGGCCUUACGAUCUCUCUUGGUCACGUGUAGCAAUACCUUGUUUAGAUAUGGUAUGAAUGUUACGGUGUGUAUUUCAGCCCUGUAGGGUCAGAGUCUUCUCUUUGGUGAACUUUUACUCUCCAAAAUGUACUGCCUUACCAAGGGCUCUCAGCUGGGCCUGUCUCACAUUUUAUAGGAGUUGGUGUGGAGAGUGCAGAUGCUCUGAAAAAGGACACUGUCAACAGCCUGCCUGUGUCUGUGCACUGUUGUCAAAUGUUUUGUGAAUGGGUUGCAUCUCAUGUCCCACCUCCCUGGGGGCUGUUCCAGAAAGCAGGAUCAAUGAGUUAGCCAGCUAACAGUCCCCCCAAAAACGUAAAUAACUGCAUUUUCUUUUCGAGAAUGAUGAACUUGAAAUUGGUAAUGGUAUAAUUGACUUGACAACCAACAAUCCAUAUUCGGGUUUAGUUUUCUCAAUGAAAAUGAAGAGAUUUAUUUGGCUGCCUAUCAAAGUUAACUGGCUACGGUAAUGAUCCUGCUUCCUGGAACACCCCACUGCUCAUCAACACACUCUUUGCUCCAGAUAUUCUUACUUCAGUAAAAUAUUAUUAACAUAACUCCUCACAUGCACAAACAGCACUUCUGUGUCUUACCACCUCCUCUCCUCCCCUUGCCAUGCCACACAACAUGUGUAUCAAACUCAGUAUUCUGCUCUGGGACAACCAUUCUAGGUGCAAAGCAGUGCCUCCUGUUUAUUUACCUCUUCCUCUCUGUCUUGAACACAGUAUGUGGUAGUGGCUGUAUGACCACUCUGACUCUCAGCAGACAGUCAGGUGGACAGGCACAUUAGCAGCACGCCCUCUGUUAGUCAGACUAGCAUCAUUCUCAGACUUCUGCUCGGAGCGUGAAAGUGCUACUUCAGCAGUUUUCUAGGUUCUUCUCUUGACUCUAACCAUCGUAAGAAAGGGGAAACAUUUGACCCGUACGUUUUUGAUUACAAUUUUAUUCAAGAAAGAAAAUUGCACUAAUUUGCCAUCCUUUAUAGUAUUAUAAAAUUAACGGUUGGUUAAUUGAAGUUUUUAAUUAUUAGCGCUAAACAACACAACCCAAUGAAACAAUCACUUGACAGUUGUGCAUGUUUGUAGAGAUAAUGUUUUGUAUGGCUAUUAUCAAGCUUGUCAAUAACGCCUUAAGAUCUGUACAAUGUGUUAAUGGAAUGAUGCUUCCAAGUGACCCAGUUUCCCUGUUUUUCUGUAGCUGCAAAGGUGGAUCAGUUCACUCUUGUUGUAUUGACCCCUCUUGGCACUCUCCUGGUGUUUUAUUCAUAAGCAGAAAGGCAUUUGGAGAUGGACUGUAUCUCCGGAUAGGGAGAGGUUACAGUGAGGGAUCAUGUUAAGGUGAGUCCUUAGCAUUGCUUGAAAGCUGGACCAGUAACUGACUCGCUGUUUUUUACACACACACACCACCCUCUGUUGUUAAUGUGAGUGGACGUUGGGGGUAGGUCCCUGAAGGUGAGGUUGUGCUCGAUGUAUUGUAGUUCUGGUCCUGUCUGAUCUACAUGUGAGGCUUUUCAAACCACUUUCCUUUAUUAUUAACUGUAUGGUCCCUGUUUGUUUUGUGAUUAUGGAAAACGGCUUUAUGACCCCUGUAUAAAGUAGCCCUGUUGGUCUGAUCUUGUAUGACUGAGGUAAAUAGACUGGAUGGGAUGGUGUUGUUGCCAGGCACUAGAGAUGCAGAAUUAAAUCAGGAAGAUGAGAAUGGUUAAAAGUUUUAAUGGAGUUGUGUAUUUUCAGAUUUGACAUUUGUAUUUUGGCACUAAAGUUACUGCUUUUUACGUGACAUUUGACCAGUUCUAAAAGAAACAGCAUCCUUUUUUUAAAGUAUAAAAUCUGCAAAAUAUAUGCAAUGAUGUAUAUGUAAUAUUCAAUCCUCAAAUAUAAUCCAGGUUGUAUAAACUUUUGUAUAGUGAGUUUUAAUAUAGUAUGGCCGUACCAAUAUGUAUUGAUUCGUAUCAAAAGCCUUAGUUGUCUAUCCAAAGUGCUCCCUUAGAGUACAGUACCCUACACCUACCUGAACUUUACAAAGCAUUAAUAACUAUAUUUUGUUGCGUUUUUUUUAUUUGUACCCUUUUUGAAUAAAAUAGAUUUGUACUGUA